UUUACUUAAAAAAAUUUAUAUUAAAAAUAAGAAUUACGAGUACCUAGUAAAAUAAUUUUACUUAUAUAAAUGGGAAAACGACAGCUAAGAGAGAUAAACGGUCCACAACAACAGCAACAACAACAGCAGCAACAAUAUUUAUCAACGUGCAGCACAAUGCCAGCUAUGCCAAAAGAAAAAGCUACUGCAGUAUCGUUGAGCGAAAGUAACUUUACAGAAUUAAAAUUAAAGGAAUUGACCACAAUGGCGACCACAGCAACAGCAACACCAACACAAGCAAUAUCAGCUACAAAUCGUCUACAUAAUAAUACCACAAAAACAGCGCAACAACAACAACAACAACAACGCAAUAAUGUAUGCGGCUGCGGUGCUGCUACAACAGCGAACUCAAAUGAUUUAGUUGAAAGUCUCAAAUACAUGUCAAAUGGUCACUCCUCACCCUUAGCUGCGGCAGUCGCAUCACAAAAUUCAUGUACUACCUUAUCACCACAACGUAUUAGCAGCGCCACCACUACCACAUGUUGUCAAAAUAACAGAUUACAACAACAACAACAAAACGGUGGCACAACAUUAAAUGCAAAAAAUAUAAGAGUAAAUGACAGCAGAACAGCGAAUACGAAUACGCCCACAAAUGCUGCCAUCACACCGCCACGAAGAUCGCCGAAGGAUUUUGUAUUUGGUAAAAUUAUUGGCGAAGGUAGCUUUAGUGUUGUUUACUUAGGACGUGACGUACAUACGCGGCGAGAAUAUGCAAUUAAAGUAUGUGAAAAGCGCCUCAUAGUACGUGAACGUAAACAGGAUUACAUACGCCGUGAACGUGAAGUAAUGCAUAUGUUAAGUACAGUACCCGGUUUCGUAAACUUGUCAUGUACCUUUCAAGAUGAUUUUCGAUUAUUUUUCGUUAUGAAUUACGCCAAGAAUGGUGAUUUGCUGCCCUGCAUAAAUAAAUUUGGUUCCUUUGAUGUUGACUGUUCGCGUCAUUAUGCCGCUGAAUUAGUAUUAGCCUGCGAAGAGAUGCACUCACGCAAUAUUAUACAUCGUGACCUUAAGCCCGAAAAUAUAUUGCUUGAUGAAAAUAUGCACACUCUCAUAGCCGAUUUUGGUUCAGCGAAAAUAUUAACACCCGAAGAGCGUUUAGCUGCCGAUGAAGCAGAUUAUCAUCCAACGGAAACGAGAAGAAGAAAUCAUACAAGUUCAACGAGUGUGCGAACUUCUCGUAUCUCUACACGUUACAGUUCUGACGAUGAUGAUGAUGCUGAUGAUAAUGAAUUUAGUAAUGAUACAAGUAGUGAUGAUUUCGAUUCACCCAAUCGACAACAAUCACGUUAUCAUCGGAAACGUCAUGGCAGUUUUGUGGGUACAGCGCAAUAUGUAUCACCCGAAGUCUUACAAAAUGGUAUUAUUUCACCAGCCGCUGACUUAUGGGCAGUAGGCUGUAUACUCUACCAAAUGAUUUCGGGCUUACCACCGUUUCGUGGCACUAACGAUUAUGCAAUUUUCAAAGAGAUACUUGCUUGUGAUUUGGAAUUUCCCGAGGGUUUCGAUAAGGAUGCUGAAGAUUUAGUACGUAAACUAUUGAAAUUAAAUCCGCGAGAACGUUUGGGUGCAAAUGAUAUUAGUGGUUAUUAUGCCAGCAUACGUUCGCAUCCAUUCUUUGCAAAUAUCGAUUUCGAUACAGUGCGCGAACAAACACCACCGCCAAUGAAUCCCUAUUUGUCUGAUUAUGAUUUAAGCACAGAAUAUCAUUUGCCUGAUAAUUUAGAACCUGGACUUGAUGAGAGACAGAUAACACGUCUUAUGGUUAUGGAAUUGGGUACAGCUUUUGCUAAUAAUGAAAGCGAUUGUGUGGAAACUGAGAAAAAGACUGAAAGAAAAGAUUUAUUUGUGUUUUCUGAGGCGGAAAAACAGAAACGCUUAGAACAACAGAAAACCGAUAAAUGGCAUGCAUUUGCUGAUAAUGAAGUCAUACUGGAAAAGGGUUUCAUAAAUAAACGUAAAGGCCUAUUUGCACGCAAACGUAUGCUCUUGCUUACAACAGGACCGAGACUCAUAUAUAUUGAUCCAGUGCAAAUGAUCAAAAAAGGUGAAAUUCCAUGGACACCAGAAUUACGAGUGGAAGCAAAAAAUUUCAAAAUUUUCUUCGUGUAUACGGUAAGUUGA